CUGCUGAGUCAUAUGUAAAGUUGAUGUCUGAGUGAAUGAUCGAGCAGCAGAGUUCGCUGAUUAUGUGAAAUAACCUUUGUUCUUUCGCUCUUUCUUUCGAGUUUAAUAAGUCGGAAGUGUAAUGAGGUUUUAUUGUGUUUGUGGUUUAAUAAGCAGAUCGUAGCUUCUGUGUUUGUUCUGGCAAAAUAAUUUGCCGGUCUGACAGCCACGGCUACAUUUACGCAUAGUUUUGUAGUAUCAGUUACUAACAUGUUUAAUGUCAUUGGGUAAUUGAUGCCCAUGCCAUAAUUUUUAUAUCGUAUUUUUGUAAAAAAUGAAGUAUCCCAUCUCAUAUGACAGGGAGUGUUUUCAGUGCUUGAAAGUGAGUUAUAACCUUUUUGGAAAGUUUGUGCUAAUCGAACAUUCGUAAUCCAACUGAAGACUGUUUAGGUUUAAAAUUCUUAAUGAAGGAUUGAUGUGUUAAUAGUUCUAGAAUUGUGCGUUCUAAUGGUGGAAGUUAGUAGAGAUUAAAUUGACUUUUUAGGACGUCUUUAUUUAUUUUAAGGAUAAAUCCAAUGGGAUAAUAUUUAUUUUCAGUAACAGUUUGGAAAGUAAACACUCGUAAUUGAGAGAACAUCAUUUUCACGAAAAGGAGUUGUCAGUUAAUGAGUGAACAUAAUUCAGUUUGUUUUCAGGUUUCGAGACAAACUUUUUUCUACUUUUUUGAUGUAUGACUUCGUUCUAGUUGCAUUGUUUUCUGGCCCCUUGUGGGCAUUUAAAAAUAUUGGCCAAAAGCAUUGUUAAGAAGCAGUCGCAAUGGUGUGUCUGAAGAAGAUAUAUGGAGAUGAACUGCUGCAGUUGGCCAUAUUAUUAAGCCUUCUGCGUGUGGAUCCAGAAUCUUAUUUUGGCUAUGAUAUACCAGCAGUAGGUGUUGGCAUCCAUGAUUUAACCAGUGGAACAAGUUGGGCACAUGCGCCAGCCAUUAUACCACAUCGUAUGUUUGUGCAUCAUAAGAACUUAGACUCAAUUCUGCUUAAUUAUGAAAGGGAAGUUUUUGAGGACCUGAAUGCCCUUGGUCGCUACAACAGGAUACAAACCCAUAAUUCUGAUGUGACAGCAUAUUUAUUAAAUAUUGAUGGUGCCAUACCAAGUUCUUCAUUUGAAACUAGUGGUGCAGGUUUACCUGUAGAGACAAAUAAUGAUAGACAGGUUCAUGCCUCCAUAUCAGAACUGUCCGAAGCAAAUUCUAGUCCACCUUCCAGCAGCACCGCAGGAACAUCUUUCGCAGAGGAUACAGUUAUCUUCCCAGAUGAGGGUUUUCUUCAGGCUGCUGAUCUUACACAGGAGGACAUGGAUUUGAUAGAGGUCCUGUGGAAACAGGAUGUGGAUUUGGGUUUCUCUUUGGACCUUUUCAAUCCCACAAAACCAGAGGGGGAAGGAAAAGCAGUGCGAGUGGAAGAUGAUGACAUAGAAAAAUUGAAAGCCCUCGAGGCUCUGAAGAAUGAAAAUUCUGCAGACACUGCAAAGAGUGAAGAGGAAAAUCCAGACGAUCAAUGGGCUGGUCUUUCAUACACCAUCGAUUUGGAAACAGGUGAAUAUGUCGUCAAGGCUGGUGGUAUUGUUGAUGAGCUGAAUGGCAGUGGCAGUGCUCUAGCUGAAGAAGAGCCAUCAUCUCUCAUUGACUUACCAGAAUUUUCUUUGGAAGAAGCACUGCAGCUUGUUGGCUUGGAUGAAGAUUCGACAGAGGUGAAACCCAUCAAACAAGACACUGUAGCUGGGUCCCAAUCUGCACCAGGAGAUUCUUCUGCUCCAAAGGAUACCGGCAUCGAAGAUUUGAAACCGGAGCCAGACGAACUGUUGGAUAAUUCAGAUGAGGAGCUGGGAAUUCUGAGCGACAUGAUUCAAACAGCGCAGUUUCAUCAUCCCCAUCCCAGAUCCUUCCAGGGCCGCAUGCCAUUUGUGAGAACAAUGAGCAUGGAGCAACGCUGGCAAGAUUUGGCCAAUUUGCUGAGUCUGCCAGGCCCAGGAGAUGGUUCAGCCAUGUCACACCCUUUUGCACAUCACCACCACCAUCACCACAACUACAGUGGAGGACCAAGCAGUGCAUACACACCUGACAACACACGUGGAGUACUGCUGCACAAUGCUACACUUGCACCCCCCAUAGGAGAUCUCAACAACACCACGCCAUAUCCAAAUAUGAGUGGUUCUUCAAAUUUGGGUUCAGCUGUAGCCACUUCUAUGAAUUUAACUAAUAGUAGCGAACCUAUGGGAGAUGGUGGUCCUAAUGGGGCAUACAAGAUGGAAGGGCCUCAUGACAUGAUGUAUCCUUAUCAGAAUUCUACCUCAGAAAUGAACCAGACAACUGAAGGUUUCCUUUCAUCCAUAUUGAAUGAUGAAGAUCUCCAAUUGAUGGAUAUGGCUAUGAAUGAGGGCAUGUACACCAUGCGACUGCUGGACAGCAACAACUCGAACAAUGCCAGCAGUGUGGGAAGUAUAGGCACAGCCCUACAACCAUCAGAGGAGCGCAUGGAUGCAUCAAGUGAUAGUGCUGUAAGCUCGAUGGGUUCAGAACGUGUCCCCUCAUUGUCAGAUGGAGAGUGGAUGGAAACGGGCUCGGAUUCUGGCCACACAACAGGAGAUCACUAUGCAAUGGAUUACCAUGCAAGCAAGUACAGGCCAUAUGACUACAGCUACUCAAGUCGCCAGCACACAAGUGCUGGAGUGGGCUCAUCUGAUGGCUCACAUCGGAUGCCUCCCAUGGCUCAGAAGAAACAUCAUAUGUUUGGCAAGCGUUGCUUCCAAGAACAAAGCUCAGGAGGUUCAUCAUUAGGUAGCCAUGGUACUACGCCUGGACUCCCUCCAACCCCAAUCAAGUAUGAGUAUGGGGAGCCUGGUACAGGGGCUGUUGCUCCAGGAAAUGCAUUCAGUGGGGCUGUUGAAGGAGCAGUAGGACCCAAACCACCUGAGAUGAAGUACAGUUGUAGCCUGGAAUUUGCUCGACACCACUCAGAUGGGAGACCUGUUCUUGAGCACAUUCAGCACAACCACUCAUACCAUCUACCUCCUGAGAGUGCCGGUGCCUUGCAACGGCCUGUCACAAGAGAUAAGCAGAAAGGCCGAAAAUCAGAGGAGGAGCAUUUGAAUAGAGAUGAGAAGCGUGCACGAUCAAUGAAUAUUCCAAUGACUGUGUCUGACAUAAUCAACCUUCCCAUGGAUGAAUUUAACGAGCGAUUAUCCAAAUAUGAUCUAAGUGAGGCGCAGCUCUCACUUAUCAGAGACAUCAGACGACGGGGCAAAAACAAGGUGGCUGCACAGAACUGCCGCAAACGUAAGCUGGACCAAAUCUUGACUCUAGCUGAUGAAGUGAAGGAAAUGAGAGAUCGGAAGAAUCGCCUGAUUAGGGAGAGAGACUUCAGGUUGGCCGAGAUACAGCGAGCCAAGGAGAAAUUCAGCCAACUUUAUAGACAUGUCUUCCAACACCUGCGAGAUCCUGAUGGUAACCAGUACUCUCCAUAUGAAUAUAGCCUACAGCAGUCUGCAGAUGGAAGUGUCCUCCUGGUACCCCGCACUAAUUCCUCAGCCAUGCUGGAGCCAGAAUUAUCACGGCAGAAGCACAAAGAACAUGAUCCUCAUCACAAAGAGUGAUCCCAAGUGUGUGGUUGAGCAAUCCCUGCUCUACAUUGUACAAGCGGCUCAACUUUCUGAAGUUAUAUUUGUAUUUAGUUUGUACUACAUCAGCUGGAAAAUAUGUUUUGUACAAACUGUUUUAUCACAGGAAUUUUAAACAUGAUGGUUUGAAAGCUGAGACUAUAAUAGAGACUAUAAUACUUAGAAUAAAUACAGGAAGGACGUCAAAUAUACUGCAUUUUGGAUAUCUCCAUAAUCCAAGAAAUGUUUUAAAUGUAACAUCUUCUGAAUAUUGAGAUCCCUUUAAACUUCAUUCAACUCCUAAAAAUUUUGUAAGGUACCUAUUUUAUGCAUUUAACAUUUAGACGUUGUACAUUAUCUUUGUAUAAUGAAAAUCACAACGAAAGACUGCAGAGGUAAUUGAAAGGAAAGAAGCAUUAAUUUUAUAUAUUAGAAUUCAUAUAAAUUUUUGUACUGCUACACUUACCUACAUUCAUUAAAAUUAUAAAGCGUGUAUUGAUUGCUUUGACUUCUUUCAUGUUUAUAUGCCGUAUUUACUCAUAUAAUUGUCCCCAAUUUUUUCUCCAUCUUCUUUUUACAGAUUUUUUUCCCUUAUAACAAGAAAGUGGUUAUGUAAAGUGAAUAAAGCCUACUGGUGAUGGAAUUGUAAAAUAUUUGUUUUAUGUAUAUAUGUGUGUUUUAUAUAUAUAUAUAUAUACACACACACACACACACAGAGACAUGCGAUACAGAAUAUAGUUUAAAUUGUGCUAUGUAAUUACUAUAUUGCCAGCAUAAUGUUACACUUUCAUUUACUACAGAUGCCUCUGUCUUUCAUGUGUGACCAACACAGUACACAGCAUCAUUACUACUUCUUGCGCUUCCUUUAGUAUAUGUUUUUCUUCAAGAAAGGCUGACAGAGCUGAGGGACACACAUAGUUGCCUCAAUAAUGAAUGUUCUGAUGUUGGUAAUUGUGAUUUAUGAAGAAUUGACACUCGAGUGUGAAGAUUUUUGUUAUUAUCCUUUUCCUGGCCAUCAUUAGGAAAGUCACAGAAGUGGACACCAUUGCAUAUUGAAAGUUCCAGCAGCAGCAUCAGUUAAUGAGAACAUGCAUUAGUGAAGAUGAGCAUGAGGGUGAUGCCUGAACCACAUAACCACAUUUCAGGACACAGUAGGUUGACUCUUGUGGUCAUUCAUUGCACUGCAAAAGAAGACCGAUUUGAAAUGGUGAGAGAGAAGGGGAAGAGGGACUGCAGUUUAAAUAGUAGAAGGAAUUGUACUGGUGACUCUGUUACCCAUGCCAAUUUUGAGUACAGAGUUGGGCAAUGAGAUCCGUCCAUCCAUAAGUCCACUGGAAAGGGAAGAGAGUGGUAUGCAACAGAGAUUCAUUUAUGUGGUACAAAAAUUUCCUGCCUAUAAAAUGGGUAUGGAAGCUACUUGAUGUAAUCAAUUACAUGAGUAAAUAUGGUAUUUAGUUCCACGAAAAAUAAACCAGUGGCUGCAGUUAUUUUGUAUGACAUCUGCUUCUUAAUUUGUAGUAAACUGUUUCCUUUUUCAUAUGUGGACAUAAGUGUGUUUGUUAUAUGUUGUGACUGUGCUGUGAUGACAUACUCUGUUGUACAGUUGGCUUUGUAGCAAAUUUGUAACCAAGAACCAUUUCUUUGGUUGAAAUUGAAACGUGAACGAAGAUGAAUCUGUCACUUCUGUGACGAUUUUUGUCAAUAUAGAAGCUUGUAUUUGGUUAAAACCAUAGUAUGAGGUUGUGAUUUUCUCUCCAGUAAUAAAUUGGGCAUUAACAUUAUGGAACUUCUUUUGGCUUAUUUUGGACUUCAUCCAUUGUCUAGUAUGUAAAAGACAAAAGACCCACGAUGUUUCG